GAAUGUGGGCUGUCUAGACAUGGACAAUCCUCGAAGCACGACCACCAAUGGAGGUCCAGAAGCCAGCAAAGACUUCUACACUUUCAAACUGGAAAAGGAACCCUCUGCUAAGAAGACGGUCUCAUUUAAAACCAUCGUUUUUCUCCAGCUAUUUAUUUUAGGCGUGUUUGUAGUCGGCCUCGUUAUUGGUUUAAUUGUUGGAAUUUACGCAUACAAAGAUCAAAAUAAACAAUGUCAAGGGCAGCAUGAAUCACCCCAAGCACAACUUCAGCACCAAACCAGUCAUCCUUCAUCAGACAGCACAUCAACGCCAUCGCCCUCACAUAAUCACCAUCAUCAUCAUUCCACAGACUUCUUAACACACUCCCCGUUAGAAUUCGUCGAUGACGGUAUCAAUGUUAAUAAUUUUGAAGAGAUGCCAGACUAUGUCGAUAGCACAACAGAUAAGCCCAAGGAACCAGAAAAAGCAUGCAGUGUCUGUAAACAAAGGCAGCGGGAACCCCCAGUGAAUGACAAAAAGCCGGUGUUCGCUCCACUAACUGUGGAGGAAAUGAACCUAACACACGAUAUUCUUCGAGAAAAUGCUAUCAUAAAUUUAGAAAUAAAUAAGACCAACGACCUUAAAACAGAUUUUCUUCAUGCCAUGCAACUGUCUCCUCCCAACAAGAAAAAGGCACUGGCAUAUUUGGAUUCUAAUGGCACCUUUCCCGGUCGGUAUGCUAGCGUGUCUAUCAACAAAGGCGCGGCCGAUCCGCCAUUUUACAUGGAAUACACUGUUGGACCCCUUGACGGACCCCGGGAAAACAUCACCAUUAAACCCAUGCUGGACCCAGAUGAAGUGCCCUAUAGUCGGCGACCGUAUGACAUAUUUGAGAUAGAACUCCUGAUGGUUUUUAUAUUCCGGGAAAUUGGGGGUAUGCGGAGACUGAUUCAGGAAAGUUUCGAUACGUCAGACGCUAUGGAUGACCUAAAUGUCAUACCUGUUGGUCCCUUUGAGUCGGAGGAAGGGAAGCGAAUUAGUCGGUUCUCUUUGUCCAUGAGGGGUCUUGGUAAUAGAGAUAUGGAUUUUCUUUCAUCUCUACCGUUGUCUGGUAAGAUCAACCACGAGAGUCUGAAUACGUCGGAUUGGUACAUAUACGACUACUACUAUAUGAACCAGGGUCCUUUUCCAAAUAGUUCCUUCCUCUAUAGUGCCUAUGUUUACGAUAUGAUAACUAAAAUCAGGUUCCCGUCAAACGCUAAAGACCGAAUCCAACAAAUGGCCUUUCCACAGAGGGAUGAACAUGCUUUACCGAGGGAAAAUUCCCAUUUCCCUGGGCCGAAGACAUAUGAAACAAGUGGUCCCCGUUACAAAAUUUCAGGACACGACAUUUCUUGGUUGGGUUGGACUCUGUCAGCCUCUUCCAGUACUCUCAGAGGACCUUCCAUUUUCAAUGUAAAAUUUCAAAAUGAACGUAUCUUGUAUGAGAAUUCACUCAAUGACAUUGGCCUUGUGUACUCGGCUGACGAUCCGGGGAAGGACAAUGUUGUUUACAACGAUGCGGAAUACGGAAUUGGGAAUGCGAAACAUCCAAUGAUGGGCAUUGACUGUCCGGAACAUGCUACUCUCCUCAACGUAUCCUCAUGGCUUACUAGAUCCGGAAAGGCAUCCGUAGUUCCGGGGAUUUGUGUAUUCGAGCAGGAUAACCAGGAACCACUGUGGCGACACGAUGGAAUUGGUUUUCAAAUUGGAAUUCGAAAUAGAUAUCUUGUCGUCAGGUACCCAACUAGAAUCGGCAAUUACGAUUACAUUUUUGAUUUCGAGUUCCAUCUUGACGGACGAAUAAAAACUAAGGCGAUUGCCACUGGGUUCCUAUUCGGUUCAUUCCAUGAUCCGUAUACUCUGAACUUUGGAGGGCCUGAUGGCAGGACGCCGUUUGGAUACAAAAUCGGUAGUUUUAUCACUGGGCCUAUACAUGACCAUACAUUUGGCUUCAAGGUUGACCUCGACAUUGUGGGACCGAAAAAUAAUUUUGAAGUGAUUAACUGGAAGGCUGGGGAUGUAUCCGAGGCAGUGAACUCCUAUCGUCAAGUAAAUGUGACGCCGCCAUACUUCCACCUCAAUCAGACCCGUUAUAUCGAAUGGGACUUUUUAAAAAACGAAGAUAAACUCAACAUUAAUUUGGUGAACCAAACCUUUUGGACCGUAGUGAACAACCAGGAAAGGAAUGCGUGGAAUGUAAGUAGGGGUUAUAGAAUCAUGACUAUGGCCACAGGUACACAAAACCUUGACGAUAGCUACCCGAUGAUGGGUAGUAUAGCAUUUACAAAACAUCAGUGUCAUAUAACGAAACGGAAGGAGAACGAACCUUACAUGAAACCGAUUUACAAAUACAGCAACAAUAAAAGCAGCAGGAAUGUGAAGCGAUACCUUCAAGACAUGGUUGAUGGCGAGUCAAUCGAUAAUGAAGAUUUGGUCACGUGGUUGUCCGUGGGAUUUUUACACAUUCCAACAUCCGAAGACGUACCCAUCACUUCACGUGUUGAGACUGGAUUUAUUCUUAAACCUUUUAAUUUUUUCGAGAACACGAUGACGUAUGACAUUCCACAGUACACUAAAGUUGCUGAUAAGGUUUUCGACACGGAACCCACAGAAGAAGCGUGUUAUGUUAAAUCUUGAUUCCAGUACCCCGGUGAUAAGCCCCGCUUCCAUUGUAAACUAAUAAUGCGUCAUGUCCUUAUUUGGGGUUAAGUUCAUUUGUAUAUCCCUACAUUGUAGCUACAAUCAUAGACUGAUCCAAGAUAACGAUCUCCAGUGCUAACUUCAUGUCGGUUACGCUACACUUCUGGGUUAUAGCACUCUUCAGCAAACCUCGUGUGAUGUCAAUAACUGCAGUAACUUUAUGUCUAAAACUUUGUCGGCUGAAUGAGUCGUUCACGUCAUUUUUUCAGCUCCCUAAACGUUUUCCAUACGCUUGAAUAUUUAUGCAUUGUCUGUCUUCAGUGAUCGUUUGGAAUCCGGCUACCAUUGUGUAAUGCAAAUGGCUUCAAAUAUUUUCACUGAUAAUUGUACAGCUCGGUGAAGAUAUGUCACUAUCUGUUAAAUUUGACAUUGUUUAAAGUGCGACUGAAGACUGGGGAAUGGGCGGGGCAGUCAAUGAGAAUAAUAACUGAACAUUAUAUAUUCAGAAAUCCGUGAUGUAUUUCUUAAAAUCAUUGAAUAAAAAAUUGAACAAUUAAA